ACAGCUCUCUGUCUCCGUCCCUCCUCUCCUUCCCCCUCUUCCUCCUCUCUCUCUCUCCGGUACAAAACAAAAUCACAUUGAGAUAAAAAAAAUUUUAAGGUACGCGAUCGAUCUCUAAUCCAAUUUCCUCUUCGUCUUUGUCUGAUUCGUUGCUUCAACGUGUUUUCAAGGUCUUUGGCUUGUUACAAAUCCGUGUGGUCUCAAGUUGUCGCAGUAUCAAUGGACCACGCUGAACUAUCAACAGAACAGGUCUUGAAGAGGGACAUUCCAUGGGAGACGUACAUGACAACUAAACUAAUUUCUGGAACUGGCCUUCAGCUAUUAAGGCGUUAUGAUAACAGAUCUGAAAGCUACCGGGCCCAGUUGCUGGAUGAUGAUGGCCCAGCUUAUGUUAAAGUGUUUGUUAGCAUCUUGAGGGAUAUAUUUAAGGAAGAAACAGUAGAAUAUGUUUUGGCUUUGAUGGAUGAAAUGCUUACAGCAAAUCCGAAGAGAGCCAGAUUGUUCCAUGACAAGUCUCUUGCAAAUGAAGAUACUUAUGAACCUUUCUUGAGAUUGCUCUGGAAGGGUAACUGGUUCAUACAGGAAAAGAGCUGCAAGAUACUUUCUCUUAUAGUAAGUGCUAGGCCAAGAGCUCUGGAUGGUGUUAUCGCAAAUGGAGAAGCCUCAAAUUCAAAGAAAAAUAUUACAUGCAUUGGUGAUGUACUGAAAGGGUUGGUGGAAUGGCUUUGUGCACAGCUGAAGAACCCUUCUCAUCCAACUCGUGGCGUUCCAACUGCUGUCAAUUGCUUGGCUGCAUUGCUGAAGGAACCUGUGGUCAGAUCUUCUUUUGUUCGGGCAGAUGGUGUGAAGUUGCUAAUCCCUUUAAUUUCUCCUGCAUCCACUCAACAGUCCAUCCAGCUUCUUUACGAAACAUGUCUCUGCAUCUGGCUUCUAUCUUACUAUGAACCAGCUAUUGAAUUUUUGGCAACUUCUAGAGCACUGCAGCGGUUAGUAGAAGUCGUAAAAAGUUCCACAAAAGAGAAGGUUGUCAGGGUGAUUGUCUUGACUCUUAGGAACUUGCUUCCAAAAGGUACAUUUGGUGCUCAGAUGGUAGAUCUUAGCCUGCCACAAAUUGUCCAAAGUUUGAAAACACAAGCAUGGAGUGACGAGGACCUGCUGGAGGCCCUGAAUCAGCUGGAAGAAGGUCUGAAGGAUAACAUUAAGAAGUUGAGUUCCUUUGAUAAGUAUAAGCAAGAAGUUCUUCUGGGCCAUCUUGAUUGGACUCCAGUGCACAAAGACCCUCUAUUUUGGCGUGAUAAUAUUACAAGCUUUGAAGAGAAUGACUUCCAGAUUCUAAGGGUCCUGAUUACAAUUCUGGACACUUCUAAUGACCCGAGAUCUUUGGCAGUUGCCUGCUAUGAUCUGUCACAGUUUAUCCAGUAUCAUCCGGCUGGACGGAUCAUAGUCACAGACCUCAAAGCAAAAGAACGAGCAAUGAAAUUAAUGAACCACGAGAAUGCUGAAGUCACUAAAAAUGCCCUACUAUGCAUCCAGAGGCUUUUCCUGGGUUCCAAGUAUGCAAGCUUUUUGCAAGCUUGAUGCUUUUUUUUUUUUUUUUUUGGUUGGGAAAUCUCCAUGAGAUGUGUAGGUGUAUGCUUCUGUGCUAUUCUACUACAGGAGAAUAAAGUACGCUCCUCCUCCUUCCGAGUAGAUCGGUUUAUUUAUUAAUUGUUGCCUGAGGAACUUUCCGAUCAGGGCUGCUCUUGUUUUGCUAACGCACAAUUGGAGGGUGAAAAAUUUGUUUAGAAUUAAUUUGUUUAUUACUGAGUUGCUGAAUUUUGAUUCUGCUCCUUGAGGUGUUGGAAUAACGUGUUUGUAUCACAUAUCCUGGCUUUUUAUUCUGGCUUAGAAAUAAAGCGUUUGUAUCACA